AAAUAAUUUAUUUUUAGAAUGACUCUUUAUUUUGAUUAUCGCGUAAAUAUCGGAGAACUUAGCCCAAAUGCUGCAUUUACAGCAAUUGAAUGGCAUUCUCAACAUCCUUUGCUGUCAGUAGCAUUAUACAGUAUUGAAAAAGGUGGAGCUGUUUUCUUAUGUGAUGAAUUGGGUGAAAAACUGAAAGAUGUUGAUCCAACAUUACACCCAAUUUCUCAAGUAUCUUGUCUUUCAUGGCAUCCUUCUAGGAGAACAUUAGUUAUUUGUUGGCAAAAUGGUGAAAUUAGAACAUGGAAUGGAGAUAGUGAUUAUACCAUAGCACCAGCAACAAAAAUAGCGUCAAUAGUAAAUGGGAAAUGGUCACAACAAGGAAGCAAGUUCAUUACUAUAGAUUCAGAUGGAGAUAUAUGUGGGUGGAGAUUGGACGCUCGGGGGCAGUUGGUGCCCUUGUAUACUCUACAUUGGGAAACUGGUAUUGCAAUCCAGUUUGAAAUGCGAAUUGCCAAACCAACUAUGGAUUUAGCUGGUUUGGCAAAGAAAGCAGUAGCUGGUGAUGAAAGAGCCCUGGAUAUUUUUAGUGCUUGGCGCCCUCGUACAGCUGGUAGAAGGACAGCAGUGUCCAUUGAUUCAACAUCUUUCUAUGUUGCUACUAAUACAGGUUCUGUAUUUCAUGUCAAUGAAUCUGGCUCUAAACAAGAGGUCCUUUCAUCCCUUGGAAACAUUCAGUUAAUUCUUCAUCAUGAGAGUGAAGACUAUCUUCUUGUUGUCCUUGAUGGUCUCAAUAUGAAUUAUUACUCUGUAGAUACAUCUGGAAGUUUACAUGAAAUGUCAAAAGUUAAAUUGAGUGGAAGUAGUAAUGGUCGUGACACUAUUGUGUGGGCUGGCCCUGGAUUGUUAGCAUGUGCUGUUGGUGAUCUCACAAUCAGGUUUUGGCAACCUACCACUGGCGACACUUAUUCCAUAACUGUGUCAAACGCAGAUGAACCAAAUAAACAGACCAUCAUCAGCUUGACAUUUUCGAAAUUGAAAGGGCUGCUUUGCGCUUGCACUAAUUCUGGAUUUAUUGUGAUAUGGCGUGUUAGUGGUGAAGGUUUUGAAGCCUGGCAGCAAGUGGCCUCAACAAAAGUGAAACAAAACAUCCUAAAGGCAGCUUGGGGUAUAAAUCAACUGGCUGUCAACACCUCUGGCACAGUAUAUGUGUUAAAGGAGCAACCACUCUCCGCUACCUAUCAUGAUGGAGUAUCAGUUGUUCAGACUUCAGCUACACAGUUAGUUGUUUCAAAGGGAGAUGAAACUGCUGAAUUAAACACAGAUCUUCAAGCAUUAGGCGUCUCAUUGUACAAGGAAGUUGUUGCUGUUUGGAGUGGAAAAGUGAUUGCAGUCUAUCAUAUAAACCCAAUAUCUUCAAUUAGUGUUGUAGGUUCAUUUGAAUGUGAAUGCAUGUAUGCUGGAGUUUGGGAGCAGAGUAUUGUUGUGCUAACAAACUCAGGUCGUUUACAAGUUGUCACUCUGCAAGGAACAGUCAAACAGAACAUUGAAACUGAUGGCCAGCCUAUCACUCUCAGCUUGACGCGUCAUUUCAUGACAAUAUCAACUAUAACUGGUUUAUUACAGCUUUGGGAUCUUUCUAGAAGAGAAGCCAGACCACAUUCUAAAGUGAAGGAUUUGAUUGAGGCUAUAGCAGAUUUUGGUGAGGUCAUUACUGCUGUAUGUAACUCAGCUGGAACAAGGGUUGCUUUUACUAUAGCUAAGAACAAUCUCUUACCAUCUCCUGCAGUUUUCCUGUGGAAUAUAGACGUGGACAGUGUUCAGUCCUAUUUCUUCAAUGCUGAUAAUGAACCAACAAGAUUUGUUACAUCAGUGUUAUGGGAUCCUGAUGAACCUCAGUUAUUUGCCUGCGAAGCCAAGAGAUCCUCAUCCCAAAAUACCUCCAAAAGAUACCCUAGAGAUAUUUCCAAAUAUGAUGUGUUGAUUCCAACUACAAUUUUGGUUUCCUUCUUGUCUUCUGCUGAACAUGGCCUUCUCUUAAGAGAGUCUUUGUCGAUGGAUGAUGACUAUGUCUCAUUACUAGCUGUGAGCAUACCCUACUUUGUCGUAGCAAAGAAACCACCUUCUCAGCAGAAAAUUAUGGUGGAUAGAAUAGUAAUGAAGGAUUUUGAAGGACUUGAAGAUUGUGAUUCUGCUACUAAAAAUGCUGUGAUUAACUUCAGCUUUAGCCUAAGUAUUGGUGAUGUGGAUGAAGCCUUCAAAAGUAUUUGUAGUAUGAAAAGUGGUGUAGUGAUCUGGAGAAACCUUGCAAGGAUGUGUGUGACAACUAGGCGCCUGGAUGUAGCUAAGAUCUGUCUUGGCAAUAUGGGGGACUCAAAAGGAGUCUCAGAGCUCAUCAAGGCGGAGGAUGAGCCUGAAGCAGUGAGGGUUGCCAUACUGGCUAUGAGGCUUGGCAUGAGUGAGGAAGCUGAGAAAUUGCUGACUGAAUGCAACCGUUUUGAUAUUAAGAACAAACUCUAUCAAAGAAGAAAUCUUUGGGAUAAGGCCUUAGAAACUGCCCAAAAAUAUGAUCGAAUUCAUCUAAAGAAUACGUAUCAUCAGUAUGGAAAGUACUUGGAGAGUGAAGGAGACACUGAUGGGGCAAGUCACAUGUACUAUCGGGCUGAAACCCAUCGGCAUGAGGUUCCAAGGAUGCUAUUGUGUAAUACUCCAGCCCUUGAAAAAUACAUUGUUAAUAGUAAAGAUCCAAUCCUGUUGAAGUGGUGGGCACAGUAUAUGGAAUCUACUGGCCAGAUGGACAUUGCUUUAAAGUUCUAUGAAGAGGCUGGAGACACGUUUUCUUUGGUCAGAGUCUUAUGUUACCUGAAGGAGACAGAGAAGGCAACAGUCCUUGCAGAGAACAGCAAUGAUAAAGCUGCAUGCAAUCAUUUAGCUCGCCAUCUUGAGCAUCGGAGUCGCAUUCAGGAAGCUGUUCAUUUUUAUACUGUUGCCACUGCUUACAAUAAUGCCAUCCGCCUUUGCAAGGAGGAAGGAUUAGAGGACCAGUUGUGGGCUUUGGCCCUUGCUGCCGGGAGGAGGGAGCAAGCUGAAGCCGCAAAUUUUCUUCAACACUCAUCUCCAGAGCGAGCAGUACUACUCUACCACAAGGCCGGCAUGCUUCACAGGGCUCUAGAUCUCGCAUUUAGGAAUAAUCAUUUUGAUGCUGUUGAACAAAUUGCUACAGAAUUAACUUCUGAAAAUGACACUGAUCUGUUGACAAGAUGUGCUCAGUAUUUUAUAGACCAGCACCAUUAUGAAAAAGCUGUCCACCUACUUGCUGUCGCAAAACAGUAUGUGAGAGCCAUCGAGGAUUGCUGGGAGCAUAAUGUGAUUCUAACGGAUGAGCUUGCAGAGAAAUUAACGCCCGACGAUGAUCACUCAGAUAGAAUAGUCCUCAUAGAGAAGUUAGCGGAAUGUGCCUUAGCUCAGGCCAACUAUCAUCUUGCUGCCAAAAAGUUUACGCAGGCUGGAAGCAAGAUGAAAGCUAUGAAGGCACUGUUGAAGUCUGGAGAUACAGACAAAAUAGUAUUCUUUGCCAAUGUGUCUAGGCAGAAAGAAAUGUAUGUUAUGGCUGCUAAUUAUUUACAAUCGCUUGAUUGGAGGUCUAAACCAGAGCUUCUUAAAAAUAUUGUCAAUUUUUAUACCAAAGGAAAAGCUCCUCAGUUACUUGCUAACUUUUAUAUUGCUUGUGCUCAAGUUGAAGUUGAUGAAUACAGUAAUUAUAACAAAGCGCUGGGUGCUUUGAAUGAAGCAGCUAAAACUCUUACCAAUAUUGAUCACCAUUCAAACCUUAAGGAAGCAAUUAGCAGGAAAAUAGCGCUUGUUAACAAAUUUUUAGAUGCAAAAAGAUUGUUUGAAAGAUCUGAAAGUGAUGCAGCUAUGGAUAUUUGCCGAAUGUUAGUAGCAGAAGCAGAUGGAGAUCUGGUUAAGAAAGGGGAUGUAUUUGCUCUGAUGGUGGAGAACUAUGUGAGGGAAGGUGACUUAGCUUCGGCUAAAGCAUUGGUUAACCAACUUAAAGUCUCCCAUCCCAAUGAAAACGUUGUUUUUUACAUUACUCAGGAUAUUUUGAAAAAGUUGGGAAUGGAUGCAGAAAUGAAUUCUCCUGGAAAUGAACUUGAAGUGCAUGAACAGGAAGAAGAAAUUAUAGAUGAAACUAGUGAAUGAAAGAAGUCCUCAAUUUUCAUCCAGAUCUCUUGUUUUGUAUAGUAUUUAUUGUAAAUUAGUUUUGUUACCUGACACUUGUCUCAUUCCGUCCAUUUUUAUGAUAUAUGUUCUAAUUAGGAAUGUUAAUGAUAUUUAAGUAGAUCUAUUUUGUGUUAUUUCACUAUUGUACUAAUGUAAAUUUAGUUUUAAUUUUGAAUCUCAGGUUUUAGUUUUUCAAUUACUGUUAUAUAUGAGUCCAUUUAAUCAGAGCUAGUUUAAACCAUUUUUUCUUAAGCCUUGUCCACCAUUGUGCACUGAUCCUAGACCACACUAAGAUAAAGUAAAGAUGUUGUUUUCUAUGGGACUGGUCUUAGCGGCUGACCAACCUUAGCAUCGACCUUUGCACCAAGCAAGGAAUUGCUUCUUCAGUUUUUUUAGCUUCGACCCUCGCGCAUCCAGGCCUCAUAAUCACCAGAUUUAUAGGUAUUUUUUAUAGUAUCUAAUUUUCAUUAAAACCAAUCAUAAUUUAAUUGUUUUUAUAAUUAUAUAUUUCAGAAAUAUUAAAAUAUAUUUAUUUAUUUUUUUUUAUAAAAUAACAAAUUAUAUUCUCUUGAAUAUUUAAUUUUAGUGCUACUAUUGUUUUAUUUUCAUGAUAUUUUUUUUUUUUUUUUUACUAAUUCUAUUAAAAUCAAUUUUUACAAAAAUUCACUUUAGACAUCAUCUGAGGAGUACUAUAUCACCAUAUAAACAACAAUCAAACUUAUUUUAAUUUAAUAAAAACUAAUUUGAAGCAAUGAAAAGAUGAGUGAUUUUUUCCUGAUUAAAAAUUUCUUGUUUUGUAGGAUUUUGUUUUUAUUAGUGGAUUCCCUAUUUUGUGAAAACAAGUGCUAGUGACUAGUAAAUUAAAUGAGUAGUUUCUUGAAAAAUAACUAAUAUGUGCCACUACUGUGUAAUUGUGGACAAGGUCUUAGCCUUCACAUUUUUUUUUUGACAAUUAAUAUUAUUAAGAUGUAUUAAUUAAUUUAUCUCAUAAAUCACUUAAUAUUCAAAUAAAAUUUUCACUUGUGGAGUUUUAGUAUAAAAGUAUAUAAUCACAAAAAUCUAUUCUUAUUAUAUUUUUUAUAUUGUUUAAAUGAUUUGUUUGUGUGAUUCAUAGUACUUUGGGCCAUAGAUUAAUGAGAGUUUUGUACUUCUUGUUUACAAUUUAUAAUGACAAAGUUUAUUCUCGUGGAAUUUUAUUUUAUUGACUUAUGCUUUUUCAUCACAAUGCUUCAAUUGUAUAGUUUUUGCUGAAAUAUUAUCUCUCGCUCUAAACUGUUCCCGUUUAAUAAAACGUGAAAAAGCUGGGAAGUUUUAGAAAUUACCCAGCAAUCAGAAGAGAUUUUGAGAAGAGAUAGAUCUAGAAGAGAUGAGAUUUUAAUAGAUUUGAAAAAAUAAAUUUUCCUUAGUUCCUUUCCUUUGAAUUAAUUACUAUGGAUGUAAAAAUAAAUUAACAAUACCUUAGGUUCUUUAAAACUUCUGGAAAAAAAAAUCACAUUUCCUUUUUGACUCAUAUUACUCCAUUCUACUAAGUUAGGUAUUGCUUUUAUUCUAUUACAUCUUCUCUGGCUGUGACACACCUGCAUCUAUUAAGUAUGCCUGGGAUAGUUUCAGCUGCUCUUUCACGUUCCUUUCCUUAUAGAAACGUUUUUUUACAAAUGGUACGAAAGCAUCUCCAUUUUUUCUUCUUGUCUAACUUAAUUUGAUGACCUUCUUCACACAAUUUCACGUUUGGAAUUAUCCCGGCGUUUUGAAAAUAUUUGAUAGCCUCUUCUUCCGAAGACGGUAAUUCCCAGGAUGUAAUAACAUCCAUAAUUUGACGAAAAUCACACUAAUGGAACAAAAAUAAAUGAUGUAAUUAUUCAUAAUAUACAACGGAAUAACUCACAGCUUACAGGAGAUAAGAAGGGAGGUUAUGUGAUGUAACAUUAGAUAACAAGGGAGGUUCAGUGCCCAGCUAUUUAAGAAGCACCAUUAUGCUCUUCCUUCUAUACUUUUAUAUUUUGUCCAAUAUUUAUGUUGUUACAAAUAUUAAUUACCUUAAAUUCUUAUAUCUUAAUUUUAUAGUAUUGUGCUUGAAACAUUUUUUAAUUUCUUAUUCUUAUGAUAUAGUUUUUAAUUAUUACUAUAGUCUCUUCUUAAGGAAAAAAAAAUGGUUUAAAUUUCUUUUGAUUGAUGAAUUCUAACUAGUCAGAAUUUCCACUUUAUUGAUAUUUUUCUGUGUUCUCUGUGAAUUGUGGAAAAAAAAAAAAAAAAAAAAUGUUUUGCCUAAAUUUUAUUACUUGAUCAGGAAGUUAUUAUUAUUGACUUGAGCUAUUUUACAGUAACUGAAUGAAUUUAUUUAUAACUAAGUUAUUAAGAAUCUAUCUUUUGAUCAAAAUAUCAUCUUGUCUCUUCUCAGCGUCCAGAUUGAUAGAAGAUUUGACAGCUUUAGUCCAUUCCUCAGACAAUUUUAUAAUUUUUACAUUGGCAGCCCACUGAUCAAGUUAUAAAAAUUAGUUUACAUUUAAGUACUUUCUUAUUUUGGUCACCAGUUUUCUCCUUUCUUUUUGAUUAUUUUCAGUUAUACAUACAUUAACUAUUGAAGAUUGUCAUAUUGACCAAAUAUGUUAAUGUUACCUGCUGAAAUCUGUGAUAUGUGAAGUUAUAAUGGUGUCAUAUUUUGCUUGGAAUAUUUGCACUGUUAUUAGUGAAAUUAUUGAUUGUAGUCUGUAUUCAUAUUUUCCCUUAAAUGCCUAAUCUGUGAUUUUGAAUUAUAUUCAAAUUUACUUUCAUCUUUUUAUAUGAAUGUAUACAAUGUUGACAAUCUGAAUAUUUUUAUCACUUUCAGUAGUUCUGUAAAACAGAGGAACUUUACACCAUGGGGGUAGCAUUACUCUAAAACUAAACAUUUUAUUUUGAUGACGUAAGCAAAAACUAAUAGAGUGAUAGACUUUGGAAUGACUUCUUUAUGAAACUAAAAUCUAGUUGCCUGGCAACUCGUGGUGCUUUGCACACCCAUGAGCCCAUUCAGUCACCGUGCCCCUAACUAGAUGCUAGUUUAGUAUAGAAAAGGAAGUUGUUUGUGAAAGUUUGUAACAAAGAGGUGAUUCCAAUUUUGGAGUUAUGCAACCUCCUGCUCUCUCCCCCUAGAUGUAAAGUUCCCUCAUUUUAUAGUAUUUUAAAUCUGUAUAUUUGUUUUCCUGCUUUGGAAUGAGAAUAAAAAGAGAAACAUUUUGUAUUUGUUUAUAAAAAUGAAAAAACAUUUUAAAAAAUGAUAUCUGAUUUCGUGAAAACUGAAUAUGUAAGUGUUUGUACUUCUCAAGGUUUUUUUGAAACUACUUUUGUUCUAAAGCAGCCUUCAAAAGAUCAAUUUUCAUUGUUUAAUAUUAUCAAUUAAUUGCUAGUUUUGGUUCCAGUUAAUAGUAAAUAUGCAGUAUUUUAACAAUAGAACUCAACUCACAUUGGUACAAUCAAUCAUAUAUAAAAUUUAUUAUAUUAUUUUUGUUGAAAUAUUUUGUUGAUUUCCAGUAUUCUUAUAAGAUAAAAGUAUUAGUAAAUAUGUAUGUAAUUUUUUUAUGCUAAUGAGUAUUAAAUUAUUGACAAACACAUUUAUUAUUUCUUUUUAAUAUGAAUAUUAAUGAAUUAAAGAUAUUGUUAAGGUAGUUUUUUAUCCUUAUACGC